AUGUCCUCUAAGCCAUAUAUCCUCCAUCUAGGCGAUCCACCUCGCUGGCAUGCAGAUCUUUACAAGAAGCUCGAAUCACAAUUCACCAUUGUUCGCCCUUCAGCAGAAGAACGCGAAAGAUCUGCCUUCCUCAAAGCCCUCAAGGAAAGGCGAUGGGGCAACUUCGUAGCCAUCCUGCGACCAUUCUGGAACACAGGAGGAGAGAUGGGAAGAAUUGACAGAGAACUUAUCUCUUUGCUCCCAGAUAGUGUCAAGGUGUAUGCAUCUGCUGGUGCGGGCUUCGACUGGGUAGAUACCGAUAUUCUUGCUGAAAAGGGUACAGACCUAUCUUAUACGUCUCCUACACAGGCAUGUCGUGUGCUAAUCUUGACGAUAGGAAUUAUCUACUGUAACGGCGCAGCAGCAUCUUCGGACUCCGUGGCCGAUUCGGCACUUUUCCUCAUCAUUUCCACUUUCCGUAACCUGACUUGGUCUCAAAUCGCCGCUCGCUCAGGGAACCCAGACGAACUUUUCGAUGCCCACAAGAAUUCUCCCAUAACGGCCAUCAACCCUGCUGGCAGGAUACUCGGUAUUGUUGGUCUGGGCAACAUCGGCUACAGAAUUGCUCAAAAGGCUUAUCUCGGCUUGAAUAUGAAGAUCGCCUACCAUGAUUUGUUCCGCAAAUCAAAAUCUGUGGAAGAAGCAGUGGGUGCUACCUUCUACGACACGCUCGACGAGAUGUUAGGAGCUGCCGACUGCAUCAUCGUCGCAACACCGUUCUCCGGGAAACAACUCUUCACUGCUGAGAAGUUCAAACAGUUCAAGCGUGGCAGUCGACUUAUCAAUAUUGCACGUGGUCCUCUGGUCAAUGAGGCUGAUCUUGUAGAAGCGCUCAAGUCGGGUCAGUUGAGUGCUUGUGGGUUGGACGUGUUCGAGAACGAGCCGCAUGUCAACAAAGAGUUGUGUGGGCUCAAGCAAGCGACCUUGACAGCACACACAGCGGGUGGCACCAUUGAUACACACAUCGGAUUCGAAGAGUUGUGCUAUAAGAACGUGUUGGGAGCUCUGUUGGAGGGUAAGGCUAUCAGUCCAGUGAAUCUUCAUUUGAUUAAGGCAGGCAAGAGUAAGCUGUAG